AUGUCAAAGAUUGAGCCUUCCAAGCGACAGCGCGCCUGGUGGAAGGAAUGUGUGGUAUAUCAGAUCUAUCCAGCUUCAUUCCAAGAUACCAACGAUGAUGGUUUUGGAGAUGUCAACGGGAUCACGAGCAGACUUGACUACCUGAAGGAGCUCGGGAUAUACAAGAGUCCACAGAUCGACAUGGGCUACGAUAUCUCUGAUUACACCGACAUUGACCAUCGUUAUGGAACUCUCGCGGACGUGGACAACCUGAUCGCCCAGCUCGGAAAGCGUGAAAUGAAGCUCAUGAUGGAUUUGGUUGUCAACCAUACCUCGGACCAGCAUUCCUGGUUUCUCGACUCCCGCUCCUCCACAGACCACCCCAAGAGAGAUUGGUACUUUUGGAGAAAGGGCAAAGUCGAUAAAGACGGUAGACGUAUGCCUCCAAACAACUGGUGCCGCAUCUUGGACACCACGAAAUCAGCUUGGCAGUGGGACGAGAAGACCCAAGAGUAUUACUUGUCUCUAUUUUCACCAGAGCAGCCGGAUCUCAACUGGGAAAACUCAGACGUCCGUGAUACCGUCCAUAGCAUCAUCCGCUUCUGGCUAGAGCGCGGCGUGUGCGGAUUUCGAAUGGAUGUCAUCGACCACAUCUCGAAGACUCCGGAUUUUCCGGAUGCCGAAAAGACAAUUCCCGGUCAAUACUACCAGCCUGGUAAUGCCUUUUACGCUAAUGGGCCCAGGCUGUAUGAGUAUCUAGGCGAGAUCAGGACUGUGCUUGAUGAAUACGAUACGAUCACCGUUGGCGAGAUGCCUUUCAUUAACGACGAGGACGAGAUCAUCCGGACUGUGGGCAUGCAAGGACCACUCAACAUGAUAUUCCUCUUCAAGAUCUUGAACAUGGACAAUUCACCUGGUCAGUCCAAGUGGUCGUAUCAAGAGUGGGACGCUACAGACAUGAAACGAAUCCAUGACCAGACCCAGAAUCUGAUGAUUAAACGUGGCGGAUGGAAUGCUGUCUUUACAGAGAACCAUGAUGGUCCACGAUCUAUCUCUCGUUUUGCCGACGAUAGCGAUCAAUGGCGUGAGUUCUCUGCGAAGAUGCUUUGCACCAAAUCCAUCACACUUGGAGGAACUGAAUACGUCUACCAAGGCCAAGAGUUAGGCAUGAGGAAUAUUCCUCGUGACUGGGCCAUUGGUGAAUACAAGGAUGUCGAGUCGCAAAACUAUUGGGAAGCUGCCUCGAUACAGUAUGCCAACAACCAUCGCAAGUUGGAUUGGGCACGCGCGCUACUCCAACUCAAGGCCAGAGACCACACCAGAACUCCGAUGCAAUGGAACUCAUCACCGCAUGCUGGGUUCUGCAAAUCGCAUAUCAAGCCAUGGAUGCGAGUCAAUGAUGACUACCCCAAUGUGAACGCGGCGAGACAGGUUCCUGACACUGAGUCAGUCCUAUCGUACUGGAAGCGCUGCCUGAAGUUUCGUCGAGAACACAAGGACGUCUUCAUCUAUGGUGGUUUCCAGAUCCUGGAUCCAGAAGAUAAGGACGUUGUCGCAUUCCGUCGCUUCACUGACGAUGAGUGUUUUGUAACUGUUACAAAUUUGACAGGAAAGCAUAAGGAGUACUUGGGACUGCGCGAGGUCGAUGUUCAGGAGUGGAUCAUUGGUAAUUAUGAGCUUGGCUCCCAUAACCAGAACUCGAACGACCUUUUAAGAUUGCGACCAUGGGAGGGCGCAAUUGGAAGAUGUCGAGUCGCAGACGCUUAG